GAAGCGUCUGUGUUUUGUCUGCUGGGAAGGAGUGAGUGAGGCGGGGAGCUGUGGGGAGCGAAGCCUCCCUCGGCGCUGGGCUCCUGCCUUCCUCCUCCGCUGCCAUGGCGUCUUACUUCAUGCAAGGCCGCAAGGGCCAGUUUAAACACAUAGCUCAUGGCCUGAUCCCUGCAGCUACUAUAGCUCCCAAAGCUGCCGUCCCCCGCACCCCUCCCCCUCGUAGUCCAAACCCUUCUCCAGAGAGGCCCAGAUCUGCUUUGGCAGCAGCUAUUCUUGUGACUACUCUGACUGGGCGGGCUGUUGCCAUUCCUCCGCCUCGUCAGCGUUCUCUUUCUGAAAGUGAUGCCAGCAGUUUGCAGGAUCGAGAAAACUAUAUUCAGCCAUAUGCCACAGUCACUGAGCUACGAAUGGGUCCAAACUGGAAGAGUGAUGGUGAUGAAAGGUCUGCUGUGCACUCUUUUGAAGUAUCUGAUAGUUGUUGUGAUGAUGAAGACAUGGAUACAUAUCCAUCAGACACAGAAAAAGAACCAGAGCCAAUCUAUCAGGUUAUUGAUAAAACAGGAAGCAUUAGUAGCAAGGUGCUGUAUGCUGUUCCACACAAAGUUAAAAAGGAAAAUCUUCUGGUCUCAACUAAUGCUGAUCGUGAAGAAGGUGAUUCUUCUGUCCAUGAACCUACGUGUCUCAUUCGUCCCAAUGUUCAGGUGGAAGAACUUGAACACUCUGGGACAAAUUUGAAGACAGAGGAAACCUCAUCUGACAAUCCAUUGAGUGAAAAGCCCCCACCAGCUCCAGUAGAUGUAGUACUCCGUAAAAAACAAGAAGUGUUCCAGAAAUUAAAAGAAGAAAAUUUGCAGUUGAGCAACACAAAUCAGACCCUGUUUUCACAACUAGAGGAGACAAAGCAACAAAUGAAGGAACUUCAAUUAAAAGUUAAGAAACUAGAGAAAGAAAACAGACAAUUUAAAGAAACUACACAGAACUCACACAGUGAAGAGGAACUUUCAGAAUUGGUUUUAUUAAGACAACAGGCCCAGGAACUUGUGGAUGAAAAUGACAGUCUGAAAAUGACUGUUCAUCGUUUAAAUGCAGAAUUGAGUCGCUACCAAACUAAAUACAGACCAAUUUCACCAAAUGAGAGUCCAAAAGUUGGAAGUCUGCCACCCAAAAAGCCAAUACCACCUUGGCUGCUGGAUAUGAAAUACUUAUCACCUCUCCUGUUAGCCUAUGAAGACAGAAUGAGAGAAAAAGAAGAAUUGAUUCUUGCGCAUGAGGAGGACAUGAAGAUCUUUAAAGCACGAGUUGAAGAAAUAGUGAAGGAAAAUGAACAGUUACACAAGGACCUAAAUAGAAAUAGUUCUGUUACCCCCAAAGAAUGGCAUCAUUUGCAAAACCAAGCCAAGCUUGUCUUAGAGGAGAAUACAGUACUGAUGGAGCAACUCAAAAUACAGCAAGCAAAAGCAAAAGACAAUCUCAGCCAACAUGUCCAAGAAGUUUCCAAAUUAACAAAGCAGCUCAUGAUUUUGGAAGCCAAAAAACAGAGCCAAGAAGAAGAAAUGAGAGAGUGUCAGAAGCAGCUGGAAGAACUGCGUUCUCUAUACAAAGAAUUAAAAGCCCGUGUUCAAGAUCAAAUAACUGUAGAGGAGCAUGUUGCUUUGGUAAAUAAAUUGAAACGCCAGUUGCAAGAGGAACAAGAAAAAAGAGAAACGGAGGCAAAGGAAUUAAUGGAAAAACUAGCAUCUGUGCAGGCCGAAAAAAAAAGUAUCCUUAUUGAGAAAAAUGAUUUGGUGGCUGAAAACAAGGUUCUAGAAGCUGAACUGGAAAUGAUACAAAAGACAAAAAGGCGAUCCCACAAGAAAAUAGGUCUUCUGAAGCAGCAGCUAGAAGAAUCAAUGGAUAAGGAGAUCAUAGCUCAUCAGUACCUAGCAAAUCUACUCAGCUUGGCAGAAAAUGUAACUCAAGAACGUGAUCAGCUUUUAAAUCUGGCCAGUUGCUUGGAAAAAGAGAAGAGUGGUGUUCUUAACAAAAUAAUAGAAGGAAAUGUGCGUUUAGGAAAACUAGAAGAGAAAGUAAAAGUGUAUAAAAAGACUGCUGCUGGGAAGCUUGGAGACAUCACCCUCAAAGUAACAGAACAGGAGCAAGAAUUUGCUGGGAAGGCUGCCCAGUACCAACGAGAAAUGAAGCAUCUCCAGCGGCUGCUGCAAGAGAAGCAGGAAACCCUUGACGAAGUGCUGCAGCAGAAAAGGGAAAUGGAAAAUGAACUUGAAAUAAUUUGGGAAUCGACCACCAAAGAAAACAGGAGGAUGAAGGAACUCUUGCAUAAAUCUCUUGAGAAAAGGAACACGGAGAGUCCUGUCAAAGCCUAUGAAUCACAUUUAGAUGACAUGUUCCAGAAAGACCUGCUGGAGGGAUACAGUUUUAGCUACUGCGAUUUGGAGCAUUCCCCACCUAUUAAAACUCAGAGCCAACAGGAACCUUUGUGUUAAGGACACAAAUGUUUACACCUCUUCCAGUGCUGAAUGGAUCUGAAAGAAGCAAAUAUAAAGUGCACAGUGAAUGGUCAGAUUGUAAACCAAUCAAGCAGACAAAUAUGAUCUCUGAAUGGAGCUGUUAUUCUUUUGAUGAUAUUCAGGGAUCCAGACUUCUGCAUAGUUGUGAUUGCAUUGUUAAUGGGGAAUAUCAUGUAUAUGUCUUUCAGACCUCUGCGAAUCUUAACUCUUGUCCAAAAACCAGGGUUUUAUUGUAGUCAUUUUAGUUGUGUUUGCAGAAAAAAUUAAACUAUAUUAAGUUUCUGCUAGGGAUUUAGAAAGUAAAGGAGAGGUUAGGUGGAGCUUCUAUUUUUCAUAGGCUGCGACACACACAGUUGGAUUUACUUCUUGGUAAAUAUGCUCAGGAUUGCCCUGCCAGUGAUAGUAUCUCCAAAAGGAACUGGGAAUGAAAAUUACUUUUAAAAAGUUUUAAGGAACACGAUGGCAUGAUUGUCACUGUUUCCAUCUCUUGAUUUCUGUGUUACAUCUACUGAUGUACCUAGUCUGUUUUCACUAACACCAGUUAACACAGUCUCUUUGGAUAUUGCAGCAAUGCUAUUUCUUAUGAAUAACCAACAAAGGACCAAUAGAAUUUGGGGGAUAAUAGGAAGCAUACAGGAGAUGAAGGAAAAGGUUAAGCACUCAUUCUCUUAGCACAGCUUUGCUCCUGUUCAUCCCUUCCCCAAGCUAUUUUUGCCUUGUGGUUGGGGUAGAAAAGGCCUUUGGGAUCUGUGAGUAAUGGUUAAGCCGGUUGAAUACAAAGUGAAGGUAACACAUUUGAUUAUGUCUCCAUUGGUUUAAGUAGAUACCUUAGGUACCCAAGUGUAAUAGGAUGUUAGCUGAACACGAAACAAUGCCAAAUCCUGCAUUUACAUAGAAUUAUUGGGUGUCUGUAACAGGAUGUACUCUUCAAAGAGAAGGAAAGGAACAGUAGGGAAGCAGACAAUCUGGAGACAUCCAGCUCAAUAGAUAACAGCAAGAAGUGAUGUUCCUAGACUCCUGAUGGGAGGAAGAACAAGGAGGAGGGGUAAAAUGUCAGACUAGGAGUUUGGCCUCAGGAAUUUGUACAUUUCAUCUGUAGCUGUCUCCCCUGAUAUUGAGAUGCUAUUUCUUAAAAAAAUUAUGUGACAGAACCAUUUCACCCAGGUAUGUUAAUGCACCUUUUACAGAACAUUGGGUUGCUAAACAAUAAUGUUGAAGAAUGUAGGGAUGCCCUGGCUGUGCGCACUUAAAAGCUUCACUACAAGCACAGAACUAAGCUGUGUCAUCCAAAAGCUCCAGGAUUGACCAAGAUAGAAGUAGAGAAAAACUGGAUAAUGUUGUAAUAAAGCCCAAUAAAAGGUUUAGAUAAAAGUCUAAUAGAACAAUUAUGCCUUCAUUUUUCUUCCCAGUGGACUAGCCCAGUUACCAGCAACUUUUGAAGAUAAAGCAUUUGAUCUUUAUGCACACUUGAGCAAGGCUGCAUAGUAGCUGUCCCUGUUGUUCAGGGAACAAUGAUUCCAAAUUGUGGUUUUCACCACUUGAGAACAGUAAUAAUCGGUAUACUAUAUGAAUCAAGGAUCCUUGGUUGUGAUCUAACAUUAUAAAAGCUUUAACUUGUGAAAAUGUGGAUUAAAGUCAUUUCCUAGUGUUUACAGUGAUUCUUAGGACUUGUUGCCCAGUCGUUCUUGUGACCAUUUUGGAAUUUGCUACAGUAUUUUAGAACCCAAUAUGGGUUAUAUAUUUACGAAUUAAGAGCAGAAUAUAAAGGGAUGUUUAACUGUGCCUUAUAUGUACAGACCACAAGGCUAAUAGGCAGUUUGCCUGUUUGUAAGCAUAUUUUUAUAAUUUUAUAACCAGUAGUUACAGAUGAUUUUUUUAAAAGGCAUUCAGACAUAAUACCAAACCAUCAUUGGGUGGCUGUGUGAACUAGCCUUGUGCUUAAUCUUUCCUUUGCAUGCUGAUUUAAAUGGCUGCUUCUACUUUAGGGAACCUCUAUGUUACUUGUAUUUAAAGGCUUCAAUCCAGUAAUCCAUCAACAGUUCAAUCCUGGGCAUAUCUACUCAGAAGUAAGAUCCAGUGCGUUCAACUGGGCUUACUACCAAGUAAGUAUGUUUACAGUUUAUAGCCCUGAUGGCCUUAACUUCCAUCAUGUUAAUUUUUCACCGGGUGACUGCACCUUGUCUGUAAGAGUUAAAUCUAGCUAACCAAGUCAGGCAUGUUGUUUUUCAUAACAGUCUCCUGUGUAUUUUUGUCCAUAGAAAUUUAUAUAUUUUAAUUGUAUGAAAUUAUAAUCGUAAUUCAAUUGUACAAUACGCCAAAUUGAUUCAAGGUAGAUUUUACAUGUAUAGUCUCUCUUUCCCCUCUCUUUUUGCUCUUUCUUCAACUUUUAAUGUUUUUUAUAUAUGUCAGAGUCAUCAUUUGCAUAAGUGUUCAUUUUUAUAAAUAUUCGCUUAGCUGUUUGCUGUCUAGGCUUUUGUCGGAUAUGUAUUUUUGCAAAUGUUUUGUAACAAUAAAAUGUCAUAUUUUAAGGGGAGGAAAUCGCAUGUUAUUCCCAGACAGAACAGUGAAUAUUAAGUGCACUUAAUACAGCGUGGAGUUGGGACAAAAUCAGUGUAAACAUGAAACACUCAGCAAAUGUGUCAAUGUGUACCUCCUUAAAUUACUGAUUCCUUCAAGUGAUUAAUUUGACUUUAAAGAACAAAUCUCAAGAGCUGUAGACACCAUUUAAGAUUAA